AUGGCUGGUUCAUUCAUUCCCGACUUUCUUGUCGAGGCCACUACAAACUUUCGAGCCACUCAGUACACCGUAGCGACUGGAUGUAUUGGGGGCUAUGAUAUUCUUCUCAUAUUGGACCAGGAGCUCAAGCUCCUGUGGUCAAAAAGGGUUAACGUGCUGAUCAAGACGAUCUAUAUCCUGAACGGGUAUCUACCCAUUAUAGGCUUUGGCGUAAUCCUUUCCGAUUACACUCCAAUACGAAACUAUGCACGUACUGCAAAACUCCCCUCGAAAGACACACGAACCGCUGCGAAUCGUAUCGACAGACAGUUCGGACCAGAAAAUCAAGACUGCGAAAGGAAGCUGGUCGAGGUCGCCGCGUGGCUACUGCGGGAGGAACAUAUCGACGUCGUCAACCCUUCCCAAAUCCUGCACGACUUCCCAGCCAAUACUUGUACACUGGAUCAUGAUAAAUUGGCAAAAUUACGCCAGUCAUUUCUUGAUCAACUGUCUUCUAUUCAGCAGGAUCAGCAGCGUCGAGCAAAUGCUACGAAAGUAAAGACGACACCAGCAUCGACAGAUGGAGACGAGUCACCGAAAGAGGAAAAUGCUAGUGGUAGUAAGAAGUCCAGUCAAGGGAUGAAGGAGACCGCCAUGUACCUUCCUCUUAUCGCAGCCUUCAACGCGGUUUUGAACCUCUCAGAGUCGAAUGAGCCGAGAUCACUGCGAUACUUCGAUAUUGGUUCCAAGCACCAGAAGACGCACGCCUCUGGGCUUACAAUGUCCCCCGACUUGGCGCUGACAUUCGACUACGACCCUGGGAAGGCAUUCGAUGAGAAAGAAUUAUUCGCACGCGCAACCGUUUGUGUGGAAGUCAAAAGAAGUCACCUCUUCGACAUCCCUUUCGUCCUAAACAACAGCCAAGGCAGCGUGCUUCGAGGUGAUCUGCUCAAGUUGCCAAAACAACUUCUCCUCCAAGUUAUACGAUAUGUGCAUAUGGCACAGGCUCCCGUACUCCCGUGGGAUUACAUCCACUUCAUCACGAUGACGGAUCCAUUGCACGAAUAUGGAAGUCUACGCCUAGCAAAUUUCGUAUACGCUCUCUCCAGAAACGGGCGACGAGGCAUGGGUCUUUGUGUUGGACCAGAUGGACCGUUCAAGGAUGUCGACUUCUCAGUCGAGACCUCCAAAGACGCAAACUAUACGGAUCAGCUACACAAGAAACUGGACCGAGUGGCCGAUGUUUAUGCCAAGCAGUCCAAGAACGUCGUCUGGAAGCGCAACUGGCUGCUCGACGGGAUAUGA